AACAAUAAGUAAACACAAGACAUAAUCAUCAUUCAAGUUUUGGAUAAGACUAUGGUUAUGGUUGACACAUUAAGAAACAAAGAUUUUUACACAAGACAAUUCAAAUUCACCUCACACUACUUUCUACUUUCACAACACUUUUCCUCUUCAUUCAUCCUUAAACCCUCAAAACUCCAAUGUCGUCGUUAUCUAAAUCCUCAAAACUCCAUCCUCCUCAAAAUCACCACCAACCCAUUUUUCCAACCAAUUUCAACAACUCAAAGUUCAAAGCUUUCACUUUCAAACAUAACUUCAACACCCUUUAUUCACCUCUCAAAAAUUCUAAACAUUGUUGUGUUUUUUCAAAUUCUAUCACCACCACAAUCACUUCCUCAAUUAGUAACCACCAACCAAACACUAAUCUUUGUCAAUUAUGCCUUAUUGGGAACUUAGGAAGUGCUAUGAGUUACUUGGAAACCAUGCAUGAGCUUCAAAUUUCAGUUCAAGAAGAUUCUUAUGUUGCUUUGGUGCGUUUAUGUGAGUGGAAGAGAGCUAGGAAAGAAGGUUCUAAGGUUUAUUUCUAUGUUAAGAAAUCAACUAUGAUGACUCAUUUGAGUCUUGAGCUUGGAAAUGCACUUUUGAGUAUGUUUGUUAGGUUUGGUAAUUUGGUUGAUGCAUGGUAUGUGUUUGGUAAAAUGCUUGAGAGGAAUUUGUUUUCUUGGAAUGUUUUGGUUGGUGGUUAUGCUAAAGGUGGAUUCUUUGAUGAAGCAUUGGGUCUUUAUGAGAGGAUGUUGUGGGUUGGUGUUAGGCCUGAUGUUUAUACUUUUCCUUGUGUUUUGAGGACUUGUGGUGGUGUUCCUGAUUUGGUUAAAGGGAGAGAGAUUCAUGUUCAUGUUUUGAGAUUUGGGUUUGAAUCAGAUGUUGAUGUUGUUAAUGCAUUGAUAACUAUGUAUGUGAAAUGUGGUGAUAUUGGUAAUGCUAGGUUGGUGUUUGAUAAAAUGCCCAGUAGAGAUAGGAUUUCAUGGAACGCGAUGAUUGCCGGGUAUUUUGAGAAUGGAGAUUGUUUCGAGGGCAUGAGAUUGUUUUGCAGAAUGAUUGAACAUCCGGUUGAGCCGGAUUUGAUGACCAUGACUAGUGUGAUUACUGCUUGUGAGCUUAUAGGUGAUGACAGAUUGGGGCGGCAGAUUCAUGGUUAUGUUACGAGAACCGAGUUUGCGAAAGAGCCUUCGGUGUAUACUUCGUUGAUUCAGAUGUACUCGUCUGUUGGACUUGUUGAGGAAGCUGAAAAAGUUUUUUCACAAACAGAAUGUAGAGAUGUGGUGUCGUGGACUGCAAUGAUAUCGGGUUACGAGAACAAUUUGAUGCAUAGGAAGGCUGUUGAGACUUACAAAAUGAUGGAAUUGGAAGGUAUUGUGCCGGAUGAAAUCACGAUCGCGGUUGUACUUUCUGCUUGUUCUUGUUUAUGCGAUUUAGAUAUGGGGAUGAAACUUCAUGAGGCGGCGAAGAAGACAGGGCUUGUUUCAUAUGCUAUAGUUGCAAACACACUCAUCGACAUGUAUGCUAAGUGUAAAUACAUUGACAAGGCUUUAGAAGUUUUCUACUCCAUUCGCGACAAGAAUAUCAUAUCAUGGACAUCAAUCAUCCUUGGCCUUAGGAUCAAUAACCGAUGUUUCGAGGCUUUGUUUUUCUUUCGGGAGAUGACGCGCAGACAAAAGCCGAACUCGGUUACUUUAGUUUGUGUAUUAUCUGCAUGUGCUAGAAUAGGAGCUUUGACAUGUGGAAAAGAGAUUCAUGCUCAUGCAUUGAGAAUUGGAGUGAGUUAUGAUGGUUUUGUACCUAAUGCAAUCUUGGACAUGUAUGUAAGGUGUGGAAGAAUGGAAUACGCAUGGAAACAAUUUUUCUCAACUGAUCAAAAUGUUUCCACAUGGAACAUUUUGCUAACAGGAUAUGCCGAACGCGGGAAAGGAACACUAGCUAUCGAGCUUUUUCGGAGGAUGGUAGAGUCAAAUGUUGUUCCUGAUGAAGUCACAUUUAUCUCCAUACUAUGUGCUUGCAGCCGAUCUGGUAUGGUGACGGAAGGCUUAGAAUAUUUCGACAGUAUGAAAUAUAAGUACUCAAUUACACCGAAUCUGAAACAUUACGCUUGUGUGGUUGAUUUAUUGGGCCGUGCGGGGAAGUUGGAUGAUGCUUAUGAAUUCAUACAGAAAAUGCCAAUGAAACCAGACCCUGCAGUUUGGGGAGCCUUAUUAAACGCGUGCAGGAUCCACCGUCGUGUUGAACUCGGUGAACUCGCUGCUAAAAAUAUCUUUCGAGAUGAUACAACAAGUGUUGGAUAUUACAUUCUUCUGUCGAAUCUAUACGCUGAUAAUGAUAUAUGGGACCAAGUUGCAGAAGUAAGAAAAAUGAUGCGACAGAACGGCAUAAUAGUCGAUCCCGGAUGCAGCUGGGUGGAAAUCAAGGGCAGAGUGCAUGCUUUUCUCAGUGGUGAUAAUUUUCACCCUCAAAUUAAGGAAAUAAAUGCACUUUUGGAGAGAUUUUAUGAGAAAAUGAAGGAAAAUGGUAUUCAAGGGUCAAAAAAUAGUCAUCAUAUGGACACAAUGGAAACUUCAAAAGCUGAUAUAUUUUGUGGACACAGUGAAAGAUUUUCCAUUGCAUUUGGACUUAUUAAUUCUGCACCUGGAAUGCCUAUUUUGGUAAAUAAGAACCUAUAUAUGUGCAAAAGUUGUCACAACACUGUCAAAUUUAUCUCGAAAGAGGUACGCCGAGAGAUUUCCGUAAGAGACGCAGAGCGGUUUCACCGUUUCAAGGGAGGCUUAUGCUCUUGCAUGGAUGAAGGUUAUUAGCUUCAUCUUGAUUAGAAGGAAAAGUGUAGGAUAUGUAACAUCAUAUUGAAAAGCUAUUAGGAUUGUAAGAUAUUUUACAACUUUGAAAUGUUGCACAAUAGUGAUUAAUGUGCAUAUGUAUUGUUGAUCAGCCAUUUGUAUAACACGAUAUACAGAGAAAUUAAAAAGAAAAAAAAAAGAUUAGGAUGUGUCUGAUUCUAUA